AUGGAAUAUAUGCUGCUGCUCCCCGCUGUGGCGGUAGCACUGCUGCUGUUUCUCGCCGUCCGCAUACUCAUCUACCGUCUGUACGCCCAUCCUCUGGCCCAGUUUCCAGGCCCGAAGAUCGCGGCUGCUACGUUCUUAUAUGAAUUCUACUUUGACAUCGUCAAAAGUGGGAUGUAUAUCUGGGAAAUCGAGCGCAUGCAUGAGAAGUACGGUCCUAUCGUGCGCAUCAAUCCCAGAGAACUCCACAUCAAAGACUCCUACUUUUACGACGAUAUCCACGCCGGUCCAUCCAAGAAGCGCUCCAAAGAUCCCAAGUACGCGAUCGCCUUUGGAGCACCCUACUCCCUUGUCGGAACAAUCGGCCACGAUCACCACCGACUGCGCCGCAGCUUCCUGAACAACUUCUUCUCAAAGCGAUCCGUCACAAGCCUGACCCCAUCAAUCCACCAAAAGGUAGACAAACUAAUCCGGCGCUUUGAAAACGCCUCUGAGAAUUCCACCGUCCUCCGCUUACAGCUCGACUUUGCUGCGCUCGCGGCCGACGUGAUCACGCACUACUCGUACGGCUGGAGCUACGGGUAUCUGGACAAUGAAGACAGCUCGAAUAGCAAUGACCUGGUGGAUGCGGUCAAUGGGCUCAUGACCAUGUUCCACAUCAAUCGGUUCUUCCCGAUCCUCAUUACCAUUUUCCGGGCUACGCCGCCGAGUCUGGUCCGUAAGCUUCAGCCUUGCAUGGCGGAUUUGUUCGAUGUGAAGGCAAAGCUUCGCCAACAGGCUAAAGAGACUAUCGAAAUGAAGGAUAAGCUAGAUGACCCCGAGGGAAAGGAAGGUAUGAAUAUCUUUGAUGCGAUGACUGGUCCUGACGUACCGGAAGCGGAGAAGACGCUGGAUCGAUUGGAGGAUGAAUCUGCCUUGCUUCUUGGUGCCGGGACGGAGACUACUGCGAGAGCUAUUGCCGUGUCCAUGUUCCAUGUCAUGAACAACGAGGAGGUGGGGAAGAAAUUGCUAGCUGAAUUGAAGACGGUAUUGGAGACGCCUACUUCAAAGGCUUCAUGGACGGAGCUUGAAAAACUGCCAUAUUUGACUGGAGUUGUCAACGAGGGCCUUCGCCUGAGCCACGGAAUGACCACUAGACUGGGUCGCAUGUCAAGAAACGACCCUAUUCCUUACAAGGAUUGGAUUAUCCCCGCAGGAACACCGAUCAGUCAAUCGAACUACUUCGUCCACAUGGAUGAAACCUUGUUCCCCGAACCCCACAAGUUCGACCCAGUACGCUGGGUUCGAGCCGCAAAGAAAGGUGAACACCUGAGUAGAUUCAUUGUGGCAUUCACCAAAGGCAGCAGACAAUGCCUGGGCAUCAACCUCGCUUAUGCAGAAAUAUAUCUCACCGUGGCCCACGUCGUCCGCAGAUUCGAGUUUGAACCGUAUGAAACGACAGUUGACAACAUCCGUGUCUUCCGUGAUCUGGGAAUUGGGUGUCCUGAGAAGGGUCUUUUUGACGUGAAGGCUAAGGUGAAGGCCAUCAGGAAGAAAUGA